AUGUGCACGCUGAGAUACGGAAAGGAUGAAGCUUGUCUUGAAACACAAUCGGAUAAAGAUAUCCAAUGGUGUAUUUUGGAGGAAGAAAAACCGGUAGAGGAGACACGGGAGAGCAUUGAGACCGUACAAAAGCGGUGCAUCGAGUUGGAGUACCCACUUCUGGCAGAAUACGAGUUCGGAAAUGACACUAUGAAUCCUAACCUUGGAAAGACAUUAGCUGGGGAAACUACGGUCACAACUGUUAACAAGAGAUGCCUCUGUUUGGCUAACUCCAAUGUGUCUGUCGAGCAGUGGAGAGCUCAGUUCAAGCCUGUCGUCUACAUAAGCACUUACUCAAUGCUGGCCUAUCCUGGCAAGCGCACUUAUGCAGCCGAAGAGGCAAUGAUGUUUAUUCAGAGCCAAGAAUGGGGCCUCCUGUUGUUAGAUGGUUCGAAGAUCUAUGAGGCCAACUGGAAGGAACUGGAUGAACUAUUAUUUAAGGGAGAGCUUCGCGAUAUCCUUAGCUUCACUCAUGACAUCAUUUACAGGGCUCAGAUUGCUCGGGGAUUACAAUUUGCUCUCAUGAAUCCCAACAAAUUCCCAAUUUGUCGGUUACUCAUCAAAUACGGCGAUACAAGUCACAAUGAAGGUAUCAAAAUCUUGCAAAACUUCCAGUACAAUCCGCGUGUGAAUACAAUUUUUGUAUCCAAGGUUGCUGACACAUCAUUUGACUUGCCAGAAGCUAAUGUUCUUAUACAAGUCUCUGCGCAUGGCGGAUCAAGACGACAAGAAGCGAAACGGUUAGGUCGUAAUUUUGAGAACUUGACAAUGGCUGAAAGUCUUCUGCGUAAUUUGGAUGGAGAAGACUUAAAUCGGGAUGAUGUCUCUCCUUUUCUCUACUCAGAGCGUAAAUCGCGUUUAUUGCCCCCAUACGUGAUCGUUGUGGAACACGAUCUUGUCGUUUUGGAUCAUCUCUUUAAUUUUAUUUGCUGCCUAUACCGCGUGCGUGGAGUGUACGGCGUAGUAACUUUGCCAUCAGGAGAACGGGAAGGCAUCAAUAUGUUCUUGGAUGGAUUUAUUCGGAAUGGAAACAUGCGAUUCCGUGAUGAUAAGCCGAGCUUCAAGGUUUCUGAGCAGAGUGAUGAAGUUAUCAAAAGCACAGGAAAUUUCAUGGUAUCACGUCCUUAG